GUGGAAAAUGAUUCAGUUGUGCGGUGCAUUUCCACCAGUUGACAUCUAGCGGAUGUGAACUCGGAAACAGAAAUUCGGGCUUAAUUUUGAAACGGUUUGACCAAGCAAAGUAACGGUAGUUGGUAGUUCUAAAGAAAAAAACUUUUGGUUGUGCUGCUUUGCGGAAAUAGUGGAAGUGAAUUUACAUGGUGAAGUGGAAAUCUGCGAAGGGCACACGUGACUCCACAGGCCAACAGUGAAAAUGAAACCCGCCCACACAGCGUAUCCGGAUGGGGUGACACGCGGCACUGGACCGGGACUAGUUCUGGUGGGACUGUUGCUGUCCAUUACCGUAGUAACCGUCGUUGGUGGCAUUCCGACGUCGGUUCUCGCCAACGUGAAGGAUUCCAAUGCUCAUGUCAAUGACCCAGCAACUGGACCAGUACAUCAAUCAUUGACAUCACAUACCAACGGCGCAUCAAUUCCCAUGGAAAGCCAAAGCCAAAUAUCCGUUCUCCAGAAACGCGGAGUGAACCCACUGGUGUACAACGAUUUCGACUACUCGGGUAACUCCAUUCCUCGCGGUGGCACGUGGGAUGAACCGGAUGAGCUUCCACCACUUGCUGCAGCAUCUCUCUUCACCGAUCAAUUGCUUAGCGGAGCUGGUCGGGACAAUCGGCUAAGGAACUAUGACCUGUUGGCAAAUUUGCUCAGCCAACCAGCGACCCAAAGAUUCUAUGGUGAACCGGUUGUCCCAUCUAGUCACUAUCCGGUAGCGUACUAUGGAACGCUGGCCGAUCGAACCAAGCGCAUGGCGGUGGAUGAUAAAAAUCGUCAUCGAUCGAUGAGGUUGAAACGUAGUCCAGGGAAAAUGUCUCAAGCUGAUGCUCUGUCGCUACUUGCACUGCUAGAGUCCCGUGAUCCUUACGCCGUCGACUAUUACCCGCUCAUUCCACCGGCCAACGGUCCCAAUGAUGUUCUACCCUAUUCGGCAAACUUCUACCAAGACGUCCCCCUUGCACUAGCUCUAGCCCAUUCUCCUGAAAACGCCGGUCAGUUGGCACCCUACAGCGACGCAGACGGUGAUUGGAUGAACGCGUGGACCGAGCCGGCCGUCGACUAUCUUGGAUUCCCGUUGGACAUUGACACCAUUUCCCGACUGGACGGAUAUGGCGCCAAACCUACCAAAACCGGAUUCUCUCACCAGAAGCGAUUUAGGAUUACAAAGCGAAAACGUAGCGUGAGUCAGGACAAUAGCGAUGAUUGUAAAAAUGACAAAAAGUCAUGUCUAUUGCAAAAAUACGCCCAACUGCCACCCAACAAAGUCUCAUCGGAUUAGGUUAGGUGGUAACGGAAUUCGACCUCGGCACUUCCCACAUUGAACACAGUUGCAUUGGUGAAACAUUAAUCGUAAACGAAACUCAUAUAUAUGGAUCCACAAAAACCAAAACCCGCAAGCAAUGGAAAGUCAGGCGGAGAAAACGACUUGAAGGAAAUUGAGUAAGAUCACACUCUUGAAUGCUUCCAUACUACGCGAAAAAAGAACGGUAAAACGGCAACCAACAAUCGGAUCAAUGGACAUUGGAUUAUGAAUAUAGCUAAAUCAUUGUAUUUGUCAGGAUUUUCUUAGUAUAUAUACAUAUAUAUAUAUAUUUCUCCGUAAUUUCGUUGAAAAAUAUUCAUGGGAAUGGAAUAUUACAUUACAUUUUUGAAAUAAAAUGAAACUUACAUUAUACAAACAAAUAUUUAAUCAAAUUUGAAUAAUGAUGUUUUCCCGUUCAAAUGGUGUUUAAAAAUAAUCAAAAUAUAAUACUUAAAUAUUAUGACUACCAUUGCAAAUGAUUGUAAUAUCAGACACCUUUCAGAAAGCCGCUAGAGAGAACACUCAAGAUCUAGAGUUCUCCAACACGGGGGGCUAUAUCAAAUAACUUGCUGUAUUGUAACUAGCAAUGAUACAUUAACAUCACAAUUGACAAAAUGCGAUAAGAUACGGUUCAGAGGUAAAAGAAUAGUAUUAGUUUAAAGAAUUAAACUUAAUUAAAACUUUAAACAAAUAUAUAGUAUACAUAUAUAUUUAUCACAAGACAAUGCUGAUCGUUCAAAAUCCACAAUAAACAUUACUAGCAACUAGACGGUGUUAUUUUGCACAUCAAAAGUGAAACGGAACAAAAAUCUACAAAAGCCGUGAUUGUUUUCUUACGAAUCGAGAAAAGUUUUACUCCUAGGUUUCCUAGUCGGUUAUACCAAACAGUCGCUGUUGCAGAUGCCAAUUGAGGGAGACAGCAGUGCUGUUGAACACGAAUUUCAAAUAAAAAAUUCUUUGAUUGGAAAACAA